AAACCAGUUAUGAAUUCCUGCCAUGGUUAUCACAAUAAUUCAUUUUUCAUAAAAUCAUGAUUAAUAGCAUUCAUAUUGGUGAAACAAGCAUAGUGAGUUUCAUAAUAGGUUUUCAUAAAUUGGGCAUUGAAAAGAUAAUUUCAUCUGCGGUUGCACAAUAUCCCCACUAUAUUACCAUGUUCAUCUCGAAGAUAAGCCAUAAUAAUUAUUUGUCUGGUUAUUACACAUUUCAUAUUUCCAAAGUAAUCUGAUUCAAUUAGGUUAGUCUAAUUUCAAACAGUUGAUGUUUAAUAGUAGAUAGUGAUUCUAAGAGAAUAAAUCGUUUUGGAUAAGAUGGCCACUGUGGAGAGAGCAUUGAAUGUUUUGUCCUCUUUCUAUACAUUGUUGUUUGUGUUUUGCAUAUUUGUAAGCUUAGCACAACAUGUAUAUGCUGAUGAUUCUUCUAGUUCACUGGUAAAAGACAGUAUGACUGGAAAAUUCCUGUAUUUUGCUUAUGGUAGCAAUCUCUUGGCCCAAAGGAUUCAUAUAAACAAUCCAAGCGCGGUAAGAGCAGGGAUAGCUAAAUUGAAUGAUUACAGGCUAGACUUUGUAGGACAAAGUAGUAGAUGGAAAGGUGCUCCAGCAACUAUUGUUCCACAUACUGGGAAACACGUAUGGGGUGCAUUAUGGGAGCUUGAUAAUGCGGAUAAGGAAAGUUUAGAUAGACAAGAGGGAGUGGACGCUAAUAUAUAUUUCCCUCUAGAAGUAGAGGUCGAAAGUAGUGAUGGAAAAGUGAUGAGGGCUCGAACAUAUCGAGAAACCGCGGAAAUAAAAGAAUAUGUAGAUCUGUCAAAAUUACCAGCCGAAAGACAGCCAUCUACCAUCUAUUUGAAGACGAUUUUGACAGGAGCAAAGGAAUCUGGAUUGCCUAGUGAAUAUCAAGAAAUUUUGAAGACGAUCUGUGAUAACGGAUAUCAGGGAGAUGUCGAUAUAGGAAAGUUAAACCUUAUUAGUUAGUAAUGUGAGAUUCAUAUAGUAAUAAAACACGCCAUGAAAAUA